AUGUCCGGAAAUCUAGAAAGAUCCCAAAAACCAGGCAAGGAAGCCCUCAUCGACACAGAGCCUGCCAAAGCCCUAGAACUCCUCCGCGAAGGCGAGAUAGUCGAAAAUGUCAACUCGAAAGAAGCAUUCACCAAACUCCGCUGGAAGCUCGAUUUGACUUUACUACCCUUGCUAUGUCUGACCUAUGCACUUCAAUCUAUCGAUAAGACAACCCUGGGUUAUGCAGCUGUCUUUGGACUGCAGACUGAUCUGCAUCUGGCCGGGACACAGUAUUCAUGGCUAGGAGCUGUAUUUUACCUUGGAUAUUUGGUUUGGGAGUUUCCGACCAAUGUCCUGUUGCAGAAGUUGCCUAUUAAUCGGUUCAUGUCGGGGACUGUAAUUAUCUGGGGCAUCGUGCUCAUGUGCCAUGGAGCAGCAUUCAACUUCGCCGGCGAGGCUGUUGCGCGGUUUUUUCUAGGCGUCUUCGAAGCAUCCAUUAACCCAGGCACCAUGCUCCUAUUCUCUAUGUACUACGAAAGACAUGAGCAGCCUCUCCGUAUGGGAAUCUGGAUUGGUUCCGCCGGUCUGGGAUAUGUGAUUGCUGGUAUCGCCAGUUUUGGCAUUGGGCAUAUCCAAUCUUCAAUUGCGAGUUGGAAGUUGCUGUUCAUUAUCUGGGGCGCGAUCACGACUGCUUGGGGCGUGGUGCUGCUGGUCCUUUUGCCGGGAUCUCCGCUCACGACUAAAUUUUUGAAUGAGCAUGAACGGACUUUGGUGAUUAAUAGGGUCAAAGAUAAUGGUACUGGUAUUGAAAACAAAGCUUUUAAGUGGAUCCAGUUUAAGGAAGCAGUCUUGGAUCUGAAGACGUGGCUACUCUUUUUGUUUGCUGUGACUAGCAACUCGCCUAAUGGAGGAUUGACUUCGUUCCAAAGUCUGAUUAUCAAGGGAAUGGGCUUCUCUACACUCAAAACUACUCUCAUUCAGAUGCCUUCUGGGGCUGUUCAGCUGGUGAUAUGUCCUCUGGCAUGCUACUUCGCCUCUCGAUACAGAAACGCCCGAUUAGCCAUCAUGCUCCUCUGCCUCAUCCCGUUCUUGGUCGGCAUAAUCGGUCUUUGGCUAAUCGAUAAAUCCAAACCCUACGGACGUCUAGUCUGUCUCUGGAUAUCCUUCAGCUACACCGCAACAUGGACGCUAUCCAUGUCCAUCGCGACAGCCAACACGGCUGGACACACCAAGAAAAUAACGACUAACGCUUUGCUGCUUAUUGGAUACUGCCUCGGUAAUUUUGUAGGCCCGUUCUUCUUCAAGACGUACCAGGCUCCCGAAUACCCGCUUGGCGUGGCGAUGAUGUUCUUCUGCAUUGGCGUUCAGGUUCUGUGUCUUGUGGGUAUUUGGGUGCUACUUUGGAUGAGGAACCGUUCGCGCAAGUGCCUGCAUGCUGAUGAGCAGACCACAGAGUUUCAUACCAUGGCGUAUGAGAGGGGGUUGAUGGAUGAGACUGAUUUGCAGAAUAAAUAUUUCAAGAUACAGCAACUACUUCGGACGCGGCUUGAGGCCCGCCAGCCCUCAAAAGAAUCAGACCACCAAACCAAGACAAUAGAUGAUUUUCUCGCCGACGAUGCAUCCGUUCAACUGCUAGUUCACGAGUAUCUGGCCAAAAUCCACGGUCGGCCGCAUAGCAUCUUCCAUGCAGCUACUUUAUGGAAGGAUAUUCGUGAGCGGCGAGUCAGCAAGGCUCUAAUCUUAGCUAUCUGUGCAAUGGGCGCUCACGUUGCAGCGCAACCAAAUUUACGCUCACUCGAGCCUCUGCUCACCGCAGAGUCUAAACGGCUACUUCAGAUUGAUCUCGAGCGCGUGUGCCUGGAGAAUAUUCAAACUUGCAUUCUCGUGGCAAAUCUAUGUGUGGCUCACGAAAACCCCUCGUCAGAGUUCCUCUUCUUCCAACCACGUACGGGGCAAGAGGAAGACAAUGAAGUCUUCCAUGAGCUCAGAAUCAGAAUUUGGUGGGCGCUUUUUGCAGCGGACAACUGGUGCUCUUCGAGCCUCGGAUUUCCUCGUCAGAUGAAGGACUGGCCUCGACCGGCUCGGUUGCCGAUGGAGGAGUGCCUCUUUGCCGCCAUGGGCCCAGACGCGCCAUCGACAGGGCCGAAUGAACAAUGCAGGAACCCUGGUUUGUGGGCGCAUAUGGCUACGCUCAUUGAAGUGUUUAGUCCAAUUCAAGAACUCAACUGGCGCGCUGCUAACAGGGAUGGGUUGCAUCCGAAUCACAUCGAGGAGGACACGCACAGACUUGCCCAGCUUCUGGAUAACUGGGAGACGAGCCUACCACAUGAUGUCCAAUUGACGGAGUCGAACCUCGUCGAGCAUAGUAAGCAGGGUACCGGGGGCAUCUUUAUGGGCCUUCAUCUUGGUUUUCACCACUACGCCACCUUACUCUUUUACCAGUAUCUCGAUAAACGAUCAAUAAUGACGUUGCGUGCCAAGGAAUUUUCAACUCGAUGUAAACAUCAUGCUCUCAGUUACAGCACCUGGCUCGCCCGUGGGAGGCGACAAUCCGGAUGCGAGGCAGUGUAUCCAACCAUCGCCCACAUGGCGAUCGUCUCCUCUUCCGUUCUACUACAUACCCUCCUAUUUGGAGAAGAGAAUGAACUUCCGCAGUCACGACAGUGCCUCGAAGCCAAUUUUCGGGCACUGCUUGAGUUAGAAGAGUACUGGCCUAUUGUCAAAACCAUGGUGAAGCUUCCUUCCUCAUAA